AUGACUACAUUUUCUAAUGAAGAAAGUAUUUCAAAUGUAUCUACAGAAAUGGAUGGUAACAUUUCAUCGACCUACACAAAUGCAGCUUCAUUAACUAUUGAACCAAAACCAAAUGCAACCCCUACAUUACUGCCUGAAAAAUAUCCAUUAACUGAACAAGACACGACUACAUUAUUAAAUGAAUACACAAUAUCUCCUUUAUCAAAUGAAGCUACAAAUACUCCAAAAAGUACCUCUUCAUUGACUGAAACAGCCAGUGGUUUUGUCUCUACAACCUUUUCACAAGGUAUUGGGUCAUCUAUUGAACCUUCCAGUAGCACGAAUGAGUCUGUUGAAACAUUUGGUACCAUAUCUUCAAAUGACUUAAAAUCCUCGUCUUCGUCAUCUGAAACAAUGUUUAUCUCAUCUACCAAUUUACCAUCUGGACACCCUCUGACUACUGAACCAGCCGUAACUGCAUUUUCAAUUAAACGCACAACUGAAAAUACAUCUUAUAAUGCAGCAAGCAAUCAAAAAAGUACUUCAUCAUCUACUGAAGAAUCAAGCAGAUUAAUAUCUAAAUAUCCAGAAAGUACAAAAUUACCUAUUGAACCUACAAGUGUCGAUUUGUCAACCCUCUCAUCUAGCCAAGCUGUAUCUACUGGUAAUGAAUUUACCACUUUAUCAACAGAACCUACAAGUAUAAAUUUAAACACAGAAUCUCUUAGUACAGCUUUAUUCACUGAAACAGAUAUUUCUACUUUGUUAGCAAAUCCAACUAAUUCUUACUCCGCUGCAGAAGAAGGAAGCAGUACGCAAACAUCUACCUAUUUCAAAAGUACUUUGUCCAUUACAAAUUUUGAGGGUACACCUACACCUAAUGAAUCUGAGAGCAGUGUUACACCUACUUUUCAAGACAUAACUACUUUGUCUAAUGAAGCAAUUAGUUCUGAUGUGUCUACUGGAAUUAUUGAUAACCUGUCAACACGUUACACAAAUGCACCUUCUUUAACUGCUGAAUCAAUAUUAAGUUCAACCCCUACAAUACCACCUGGAACCUCUCCAUUAACUGAACAAAGCAUUACAACUUUAUUGACUGAAAACACAAUUUCUCCUUCAUCAAAUGAAGCUGCAAAUACCCCAAAAAGUACCUCUUACUUAACAGAAACAGCAAGCAGUUUUGUCUCUAAAACAUUUUCACAAGGUAUUGAAUCAUCUAUUGAACCUUCCAGUAGCACAUAUAAGUCUGUUGAAACAUUUGGUACCAUAUCUUCUUCAACUGACUUAAAAUCCUCUUCUUCAUCUUCUAAAGCAACGUUUGUCUCUUCCGCUAAUUUACCAUCUGGAUACCCUCUGACUACUAAAUCAGGUCUGACUGAUUUUUCAAUUGAAUUCACAACUGAAUCUACAUCUAAUGAUGCAGCAAGCAAUCCAAAAAGUACGUCAUCAUCUACUGAAGCAUCAAGCAGCUUAAUAUCUAAAUAUCCAGAAAGAACAACAUUACCUAGUGAACCUACAAGUGUCCAUUUGUCAACUCCCUCAUCUAGCCAAGCUGUACCUACUGAUAAUGGAUUUACCACAUUAUCAGCAGAACCUACUAGUAUAAAUUCAAAUACAGGUGAUCAAACUAUUUUAUCAUCAGCAUACUCAAGAAGUACAACAUCAUCUAGUCUAUCCUCAAGUACUAUUCCAUCCGGUCAACCAUCUACUGUGUUUUCAUCUGCAGAAUCUCUUAGUACAGCUUUAUUCACUGAAACAGAUAUUUCUACGUUGUCAGCAAAUCCAACUAAUUCUUACUCUACUGUAGAAGAAGGAAGCAGCACGCAAACAUCUACCUAUUUCAAAAGUACUUUGUCCGUUACAAAUUCUGAGGGUACACCUACACGUAAUCAAUCUGAGAGCAGUGUUCCACCUACUUUUCAAGACAUAACUACUUUAUCUAAUGAAGCAACUAGUUCUGAUGUGUCUACUGGAAUGAUCGAUAACCUGUCAACACAUUACACAAUUGCACCUUCUUCAACUGCUGAACCAAUAUUAAGUUCAACCCCUACAAUACCACCUGGAACCUCUCCAUUAACUGAACAAGACAUUACAACUUUAUUAACUGAAUACACAAUUUCUCCUUCAUCAAAUGAAGCUGCAAAUACCCCAAAAAGUACCUCUUUCUUAACAGAAACAGCAAGCAGUUUUGUCUCUACAACAUUUUCACAAGGUAUUGAUUCAUCUAUUGAACCUUCCAGUAACACAUAUGAGUCUGUUGAAACAUUUGGUACCAUAUCUUCAACUGACUUAAAAUCCUCUUCUUCGUCUUCUAAAGAAACGUUUGCCUCAUCCAAUAAUUUACCAUCUGGACACCCUCUGACUACUGAACCAGGUGUGACUACAUUUUCAAUUGAAUUCACAACUGAAUCUACAUCUAAUGAUGCAGCAAGCAAUCUAAAAAGUAGUUCAUCAUCUACAGAAUCAUCAAGCAGCUUAAUAUCUAAAUAUCCUGAAAGUAAAAAAUUACCUAGUGAACCUACAAGUGUCGAUUUGUCAACCCUCUCAUCUAGCCAAGUUGUACCUACUGAUAAUGAAUUUACCACAUUAUCAGCAGAACCUACUAGUAUAAAUUUAAAUACAGGUGAUCAAACUAUUUUAUCAUCAGCAUACUCAAGAAGUACAACACCAUCUAGCCAAUCCUCAAGUACUAUGCCAUCCGGUCAACCAUCUACUGUGUUUUCAUCUGCAGAAUCUCUUAGUACAGCUUUAUUCACUGAAACAGAUAUUUCUACUUUGUCAGCAAGUCCAACUAAUUCUUACUUCACUGCAGAAGAAGGAAGCAGCACGCAAACAUCUACCUAUUUCAAAAGUACUUUGUCAGUUACAAAUUCUGAGGGUACACCUACACCUUAUAAAUCUGAGAGCAGUGUUUCACCUACUUUUCAAGAGAAAACUACUUUGUCUAAUGAAGCAACUAGUUCUGAUGUGUCUACUGGAAUGAUUGAUAACCUGUCAACACAUUACACAAUUGCACCUUCUUCAACUGCUGAACCAAUAUUAAGUUCAACCCCUACAAUACCACCUGGAACCUCUCCAUUAACUGAACAAGACAUUACAACUUUAUUAACUGAAUACUCAAUUUCUCCUUCAUCAAAUGAAGCUGCAAAUACCCCAAAAAGUACCUCUUACUUAACAGAAACAGCAAGCAGUUUUGUCUCUACAACAUUUUCACAAGGUAUUGAAUCAUCUAUUGAACCUUCCAGUAACACAUAUGAGUCUGUUGAAACAUUUGGUACCAUAUCUUCAACUGACUUAAAAUCCUCUUCUUCAUCUUCUAAAACAACGUUUGUCUCAUCCACUAAUUUACCAUCUGGACACCCUCUGCCUACUGAAUCAGGUCUGACUGAUUUUUCAAUUGAAUUCACAACUGAAUCUACAUCUAAUGAUGGAGCAACCAAUCCAAAAAGUACGUCAUCAUCUACUGAAGCAUCAAGCAGCUUAAUAUCUAAAUAUCCAGAAAGUACAAAAUUACCUAGUGAACCUACAAGUGUCGAUUUGUCAACCCUCUCAUCUAGCCAAGCUGUACCUACUGAUAAUGAAUUUACCACAUUAUCAGCAGAACCUACUAGUAUAAAUUUAAAUACAGGUGAUCAAACUAUUUUAUCAUCAGCAUACUCAAGAAGUACAACACCAUCUAGUCUAUCCUCAAGUACUAUGCCAUCCGGUCAACCAUCUACUGUGUUUUCAUCUGCAGAAUCUCUUAGUACAGCUUUAUUCACUGAAACAGAUAUUUCUACUUUGUCUGCAAAUCCAACUAAUUCUUACUCCGCUGCAGAAGAAGGAAGCAGCACGCAAACAUCUACCUAUUUCAAAAGUACUUUGUCCGUUACAAAUUCUGAGGGUACACCUACACCUAAUGAAUCUGAGAGCAGUGUUCUACCUACUUUUCAAGACAAAACUACUUUGUCUAAUGAAGCAACUAGUUCUGAUGUGUCUACUGGAAUGAUUCAUAACCUGUCAACACGUUACACAAAUGCACCUUCUUCAACUUCUGAACCAAUAUUAAGUUCAACCCCUACAAUACAACCUGGAACCUCUCCAUUAACUGAACAAAGCAUUACAACUUUAUUGACUGAAUACACAAUUUCUCCUUCAUCAAAUGAAGCUGCAAAUACCCCAAAAAGUACCUCUUACUUAACAGAAACAGCAAGCAGUUUUGUCUCUACAACAUUUUCACAAGGUAUUGAAUCAUCUAUUGAACCUUCCAGUAACACAUAUGAGUCUGUUGAAACAUUUGGUACCAUAUCUUCAACUGACUUAAAAUCCUCUUCUUCAUCUUCUAAAGCAACGUUUGUCUCAUCCACUAAUUUACCAUCUGGACACCCUCUGACUACUGAAUCAGGUCUGACUGAUUUUUCAAUUGAAUUCACAACUGAAUCUACAUCUAAUGAUGCAGCAAGCAAUCCAAAAAGUAGUUCAUCAUCUACAGAAGCAUCAAGCAGCUUAAUAUCUAAAUAUCCAGAAAGUACAAAAUUACCUAGUGAACCUACAAGUGUCGAUUUGUCAACCCUCUCAUCUAGCCAAGCUGUACCUACUGAUAAUGGAUUUACCACAUUAUCAGCAGAACCUACUAGUAUAAAUUUAAAUACAGGUGACCAAACUAUUUUAUCAUCAGCAUACUCAAGAAGUACAACACCAUCUAGUCUAUCCUCAAGUACUAUUCCAUCCGGUCAACCAUCUACUGUGUUUUCAUCUGCAGAAUCUCUUAGUACAGCUUUAUUCACUGAAACAGAUAUUUCUACUUUGUCAGCAAAUCCAACUAAUUCUUACUCCGCUGCAGAAGAAGGAAGCAGCACGCAAACAUCUACCUAUUUCAAAAGUACUUUGUCCAUUACAAAUUCUGAGGGUACACCUACACCUAAUGAAUCUGAGAGCACUGUUCCACCUACUUUUCAAGACAUAACUACUUUAUCUAAUGAAGCAACUAGUUCUGAUGUGUCUACUGGAAUGAUUGAUAACCUGUCAACACGUUACACAAAUGCACCUUCUUCAACUUCUGAACCAAUAUUAAGUUCAACCCCUACAAUACCACCUGGAACCUCUCCAUUAACUGAACAAAGCAUUACAACUUUAUUGACUGAAUACACAAUUUCUCCUUCAUCAAAUGAAGCUGCAAAUACCUCAAAAAGUACCUCUUACUUAACAGAAACAGCAAGCAGUUUUGUCUCUACAACAUUUUCACAAGGUAUUGAAUCAUCUAUUGAACCUUCCAGUAACACAUAUGAGUCUGUUGAAACAUUUGGUACCAUAUCUUCAACUGACUUAAAAUCCUCUUCUUCAUCUUCUAAAACAACGCUUGUCUCAUCCACUAAUUUACCAUCUGGACACCCUCUGACUACUGAAUCAGGUCUGACUGAUUUUUCAAUUGAAUUCACAACUGAAUCUACAUCUAAUGAUGCAGCAAGCAAUCCAAAAAGUAGUUCAACAUCUACAGAAGCAUCAAGCAGCUUAAUAUCUAAAUAUCCAGAAAGUACAAAAUUACCUAGUGAACCUACAAGUGUCGAUUUGUCAACCCUCUCAUCUAGCCAAGCUGUACCUACUGAUAAUGAAUUUACCACAUUAUCAGCAGAACCUACUAGUAUAAAUUUAAAUACAGGUGAUCAAACUAUUUUAUCAUCAGCAUACUCAAGAAGUACAACACCAUCUAGUCUAUCCUCAAGUACUAUUCCAUCCGGUCAACCAUCUACUGUGUUUUCAUCUGCAGAAUCUCUUAGUACAGCUUUAUUCACUGAAACAGAUAUUUCUACUUUGUCUGCAAAUCCAACUAAUUCUUACUCCGCUGCAGAAGAAGGAAGCAGCACGCAAACAUCUACCUAUUUCAAAAGUACUUUGUCCGUUACAAAUUCUGAGGGUACACCUACACCUAAUGAAUCUGAGAGCAGUGUUCCACCUACUUUUCAAGACAUAACUACUUUAUCUAAUGAAGCAACUAGUUCUGAUGUGUCUACUGGAAUGAUUGAUAACCUGUCAACACGUUACACAAAUGCACCUUCUUCAACUUCUGAACCAAUAUUAAGUUCAACCCCUACAAUACCACCUGGAACCUCUCCAUUAACUGAACAAAGCAUUACAACUUUAUUGACUGAAUACACAAUUUCUCCUUCAUCAAAUGAAGCUGCAAAUACCCCAAAAAGUACCUCUUACUUAACAGAAACAGCAAGCAGUUUUGUCUCUACAACAUUUUCACAAGGUAUUGAAUCAUCUAUUGAACCUUCCAGUAACAUAUUUGAGUCUGUUGAAACAUUUGGUACCAUAUCUUCAACUGACUUAAAAUCCUCUUCUUCAUCUUCUAAAGCAACGUUUGUCUCAUCCACUAAUUUACCAUCUGGACACCCUCUGACUACUGAAUCAGGUCUGACUGAUUUUUCAAUUGAAUUCACAGCUGGAUCUACAUCUAAUGAUUCAGCAAGCAAUCCAAAAAGUAUGUCAUCAUCUACUGAAGCAUCAAGCAGCUUAAUAUCUAAAAAUCCAGAAAGUACAAAAUUACCUAGUGAACCUACAAGUGUCCAUUUGUCAACCCCCUCAUCUAGCCAAGCUGUACCUACUAAUAAUGAAUUUACCACAUUAUCAGCAGAACCUACUAGUAUAAAUUUAAAUACAGGUGAUCAAACUAUUUUAUCAUCAGCAUACUCAAGAAGUACAACACCAUCUAGUCUAUCCUCAAGUACUAUGCCAUCCAGUCAACCAUCUACUGUGUUUUCAUCUACAGAAUCUCUUAGUACAGCUUUAUUCACGGAAACAGAUAUUUCUACUUUGUCAGCAAAUCUAACUAAUUCUUACUCCGCUGCAGAAGAAGGAAGCAGCACGCAAACAUCUACCUAUUUCAAAAGUACUUUGUCCGUUACAAAUUCUGAGGGUACACCUACACCUAAUGAAUCUGAGAGCAGUGUUCCACCUACUUUUCAAGACAUAACUACUUUAUCUAAUGAAGCAACUAGUUCUGAUGUGUCUACUGGAAUGAUUGAUAACCUGUCAACACGUUACACAAAUGCACCUUCUUCAACUUCUGAACCAAUAUUAAGUUCAACCCCUACAAUACCACCUGGAACCUCUCCAUUAACUGAACAAAGCAUUACAACUUUAUUGACUGAAUACACAAUUUCUCCUUCAUCAAAUGAAGCUGCAAAUACCCCAAAAAGUACCUCUUACUUAACAGAAACAGCAAGCAGUUUUGUGUCUACAACAUUUUCACAAGGUAUUGAAUCAUCUAUUGAACCUUCCAGUAACACAUAUGAGUCUGUUGAAACAUUUGGUACCAUAUCUUCAACUGACUUAAAAUCCUCUUCUUCAUCUUCUAAAACAACGUUUGUCUCAUCCACUAAUUUACCAUCUGGACACCCUCUGACUACUGAAUCAGGUCUGACUGAUUUUUCAAUUGAUUUCACAACUGAAUCUACAUCUAAUGAUGCAGCAAGCAAUCCAAAAAGUAGUUCAUCAUCUACAGAAGCAUCAAGCAGCUUAAUAUCUAAAUAUCCAGAAAGUACAAAAUUACCUAGUGAACCUACAAGUGUCGAUUUGUCAACCCUCUCAUCUAGCCAAGCUGUACCUACUGAUAAUGAAUUUACCACAUUAUCAGUAGAACCUACUAGUAUAAAUUUAAAUACAGGUGAUCAAACUAUUUUAUCAUCAGCAUACUCAAGAAGUACAACACCAUCUAGUCUAUCCUCAAGUACUAUGCCAUCCGGUCAACCAUCUACUGUGUUUUCAUCUGCAGAAUCUCUUAGUACAGCUUUAUUCACUGAAACAGAUAUUUCUACUUUGUCUGCAAAUCCAACUAAUUCUUACUCCGCUGCAGAAGAAGGAAGCAGCACGCAAACAUCUACCUAUUUCAAAAGUACUUUGUCCGUUACAAAUUCUGAGGGUACACCUACACCUAAUGAAUCUGAGAGCAGUGUUCUACCUACUUUUCAAGACAAAACUACUUUGUCUAAUGAAGCAACUAGUUCUGAUGUGUCUACUGGAAUGAUUGAUAACCUGUCAACACGUUACACAACUGCACCUUCUUCAACUUCUGAACCAAUAUUAAGUUCAACCCCUACAAUACUACCUGGAACCUCUCCAUUAACUGAACAAAGCAUUAUAACUUUAUUGACUGAAUACACAAUUUCUCCUUCAUCAAAUGAAGCUGCAAAUACCGCAAAAAGUACCUCUUACUUAACAGAAACAGCAAGCAGUUUUGUCUCUACAACAUUUUCACAAGGUAUUGAAUCAUCUAUUGAACCUUCCAGUAACACAUAUGAGUCUGUUGAAACAUUUGGUACCAUAUCUUCAACUGACUUAAAAUCCUUUUCUUCAUCUUCUAAAGCAACGUUUGUCUCAUCCACUAAUUUACUAUCUGGAAACCCUCUGACUACUGAAUCAGGUCUGACUGAUUUUUCAAUUGAAUUCACAACUGAAUCUACAUCUAAUGAUGCAGCAAGCAAUCCAAAAAGUACGUCAUCAUCUACUGAAGCAUCAAGCAGCUUAAUAUCUAAAUAUCCAGAAAGUACAAAAUUACCUAGUGAACAUACAAGUGUCCAUUUGUCAACCCCCUCAUCUAGCCAAGCUGUACCUACUGAUAAUGAAUUUACCACAUUAUCAGCAGAACCUACUAGUAUACAUUUAAAUACAGGUGAUCAAACUAUUUUAUCAUCAGCAUACUCAAGAAGUACAACACCAUCAAGUCUAUCCUUAAGUACUAUUCCAUCCAGUCAACCAUCUACUGUGUUUUCAUCUGCAGAAUCUCUUAGUACAGCUUUAUUCACUGAAACAGAUAUUUCUACUUUGUCUGCAAAUCCAACUAAUUCUUACUCCGCUGCAGAAGAAGGAAGCAGCAAGCAAACAUCUACCUAUUUCAAAAGUACUUUGUCCGUUACAAAUUCUGAGGGUACACCUACACCUAAUGAAUCUGAGAGCAGUGUUCCACCUACUUUUCAAGACAUAACUACUUUAUCUAAUGAAGCAACUAGUUCUGAUGUGUCUACUGGAAUGAUUGAUAACCUGUCAACACGUUACACAAAUGCACCUUCUUCAACUUCUGAACCAAUAUUAAGUUCAACCCCUACAAUACCACCUGGAACCUCUCCAUUAACUGAACAAAGCAUUACAACUUUAUUGACUGAAUACACAAUUUCUCCUUCAUCAAAUGAAGCUGCAAAUACCCCAAAAAGUACCUCUUACUUAACAGAAACAGCAAGCAGUUUUGUCUCUACAACAUUUUCACAAGGUAUUGAAUCAUCUAUUGAACCUUCCAGUAACACAUAUGAGUCUGUUGAAACAUUUGGUACCAUAUCUUCAACUGACUUAAAAUCCUCUUCUUCAUCUUCUAAAGCAACGUUUGUCUCAUCCACUAAUUUACCAUCUGGACACCCUCUGACUACUGAAUCAGGUCUGACUGAUUUUUCAGUUGAAUUCACAACUGAAUCUACAUCUAAUGAUGCAGCAAGCAAUCCAAAAAGUAGUUCAUCAUCUACAGAAGCAUCAAGCAGCUUAAUAUCUAAAUAUCCAGAAAGUACAAAAUUAUCUAGUGAACCUACAAGUGUCGAUUUGUCAACCCUCUCAUCUAGCCAAGCUGUACCUACUGAUAAUGAAUUUACCACAUUAUCAGCAGAACCUACUAGUAUAAAUUUAAAUACAGGUGAUCAAACUAUUUUAUCAUCAGCAUACUCAAGAAGUGCAACACCAUCUAGUCUAUCCUCAAGUACUAUGCCAUCCGGUCAACCAUCUACUGUGUUUUCAUCUGCAGAAUCUCUUAGUACAGCUUUAUUCACUGAAAUAGAUAUUUCUUCUUUGUCUGCAAAUCCAACUAAUUCUUACUCCGCUGCAGAAGAAGGAAGCAGCACGCAAACAUCUACCUAUUUCAAAAGUACUUUGUCCGUUACAAAUUCUGAGGGUACACCUACACCUAAUGAAUCUGAGAGCAGUGUUCUACCUACUUUUCAAGACAAAACUACUUUGUCUAAUGAAGCAACUAGUUCUGAUGUGUCUACUGGAAUGAUUGAAAACCUGUCAACACGUUACACAAAUGCACCUUCUUCAACUUCUGAACCAAUAUUAAGUUCAACCCCUACAAUACUACCUGGAACCUCUCCAUUAACUGAACAAAGCAUUAUAACUUUAUUGACUGAAUACACAAUUUCUCCUUCAUCAAAUGAAGCUGCAAAUACCCCAAAAAGUACCUCUUACUUAACAGAAACAGCAAGCAGUUUUGUCUCUACAACAUUUUCACAAGGUAUUGAAUCAUCUAUUGAACCUUCCAGUAACACAUAUGAGUCUGUUGAAACAUUUGGUACCAUAUCUUCAACUGACUUAAAAUCCUCUUCUUCAUCUUCUAAAGCAACGUUUGUCUCAUUCACUAAUUUACCAUCUGGACACCCUCUGACUACUGAAUCAGGUCUGACUGAUUUUUCAAUUGAAUUCACAACUGAAUCUACAUCUAAUAAUGCAGCAAGCAAUCCAAAAAGUAGUUCAUCAUCUACAGAAGCAUCAAGCAGCUUAAUAUCUAAAUAUCCAGAAAGUACAAAAUUACCUAGUGAACCUACAAGUGUCGAUUUGUCAACCCUCUCAUCUAGCCAAGCUGUACCUACUGAUAAUGAAUUUACCACAUUAUCAGCAGAACCUACUAGUAUACAUUUAAAUACAGGUGAUCAAACUAUUUUAUCAUCAGCAUACUCAAGAAGUACAACACCAUCAAGUCUAUCCUUAAGUACUAUUCCAUCCGGUCAACCAUCUACUGUGUUUUCAUCUGCAGAAUCUCUUAGUACAGCUUUAUUCACUGAAACAGAUAUUUCUACUUUGUCUGCAAAUCCAACUAAUUCUUACUCCGCUGCAGAAGAAGGAAGCAGCACGCAAACAUCUACCUAUUUCAAAAGUACUUUGUCCGUUACAAAUUCUGAGGGUACACCUACACCUAAUGAAUCUGAGAGCAGUGUUCCACCUAGUUUUCAAGACAUAACUACUUUAUCUAAUGAUGCAACUAGUUCUGAUGUGUCUACUGGAAUGAUUGAUAACCUGUCAACACGUUACACAAAUGCACCUUCUUCAACUUCUGAACCAAUAUUAAGUUCAACCCCUACAAUACUACCUGGAACCUCUCCAUUAACUGAACAAAGCAUUAUAACUUUAUUGACUGAAUACACAAUUUCUCCUUCAUCAAAUGAAGCUGCAAAUACCCCAAAAAGUACCUCUUACUUAACAGAAACAGCAAGCAGUUUUGUCUCUACAACAUUUUCACAAGGUAUUGAAUCAUCUAUUGAACCUUCCAGUAACACAUAUGAGUCUGUUGAAACAUUUGGUACCAUAUCUUCAACUGACUUAAAAUCCUCUUCUUCAUCUUCUAAAGCAACGUUUGUCUCAUCCACUAAUUUACCAUCUGGACACCCUCUGACUACUGAAUCAGGUCUGACUGAUUUUUCAAUUGAAUUCACAACUGAAUCUACAUCUAAUGAUGCAGCAAGCAAUCCAAAAAUUACGUCAUCAUCUACUGAAGCAUCAAGCAGCUUAAUAUCUAAAUAUCCAGAAAGUACAAAAUUACCCAGUGAACCUACAAUUGUCCAUUUGUCAACCCCCUCAUCUAGCCAAGCUGUACCUACUGAUAAUGGAUUUACCACAUUAUCAGCAGAACCUACUAGUAUAAAUUUAAAUACAGGUGAUCAAACUAUUUUAUCAUCAGCAUACUCAAGAAGUACAACACCAUCUAGUUUAUCCUCAAGUACUAUUCCAUCCGGUCAACCAUCUACUGUGUUUUCAUCUGCAGAAUCUCUUAGUACAGCUUUAUUCACUGAAACAGAUAUUUCUACUUUGUCAGUAAAACCAACUAAUUCUUUCUCCGCUGCAGAAGAAGGAAGCAGCACGAAAACAUCUACCUAUUUCAAAAGUACUUUGUCCGUUACAAAUUCUGAGGGUACACCUAAACCUAAUGAAUCUGAGAGCAGUGUUCCACCUACUUUUCAAGACAUAACUACUUUAUCUAAUGAAGCAACUAGUUCUGAUGUGUCUACUGGAAUGAUUGAUAACCUGUCAACACAUUACACAAAUGCACCUUCUUCAACUUCUGAACCAAUAUUAAGUUCAACCCCUACAAUACCACCUGGAACCUCUCCAUUAACUGAACAAAGCAUUACAACUUUAUUGACUGAAUACAAAAUUUAUCCUUCAUCAAAUGAAGCUGCAAAUACCCCAAAAAGUACCUCUUACUUAACAGAAACAGCAAGCAGUUUUGUCUCUACAACAUUUUCACAAGGUAUUGAAUCAUCUAUUGAACCUUCCAGUAACACAUAUGAGUCUGUUGAAACAUUUGGUACCAUAUCUUCAACUGACUUAAAAUCCUCUUCUUCAUCUUCUAAAGCAACGUUUGUCUCAUCCACUAAUUUACCAUCUGGACACCCUCUGACUACUGAAUCAGGUCUGACUGAUUUUUCAAUUGAAUUCACAACUGAAUCUACAUCUAAUGAUGCAGCAAGCAAUCCAAAAAGUAGUUCAUCAUCUACAGAAGCAUCAAGCAGCUUAAUAUCUAAAUAUCCAGAAAAUACAAAAUUACCUAGUGAACCUACAAGUGUCGAUUUGUCAACCCUCUCAUCUAGCCAAGCUGUACCUACUGAUAAUGAAUUUACCACAUUAUCAGCAGAACCUACUAGUAUAAAUUUAAAUACAGGUGAUCAAACUAUUUUAUCAUCAGCAUACUCAAGAAGUACAACACCAUCUAGUCUAUCCUCAAAUACUAUUCCAUCCAGUCAACCAUCUACUGUGUUUUCAUCUGCAGAAUCUCUUAGUACAGCUUUAUUCACUGAAACAGAUAUUUCUACUUUGUCUGCAAAUCCAACUAAUUCUUACUCCGCUGCAGAAGAAGGAAGAAGCACGCAAACAUCUACCUAUUUCAAAAGUACUUUGUCUGUUACAAAUUCUGAGGGUACACCUACACCUAAUGAAUCUGAGAGCAGUGUUCUACCUACUUUUCAAGACAAAACUACUUUGACUAAUGAAGCUACUAGUUCUGAUGUGUCUACUGGAAUGAUUGAUAACCUGUCAACACGUUACACAAAUGCACCUUCUUCAACUUCUGAACCAAUAUUAAGUUCAACCCCUAAAAUACUACCUGGAACCUCUCCAUUAACUGAACAAAGCAUUAUAACUUUAUUGACUGAAUACACAAUUUCUCCUUCAUCAAAUGAAGCUGCAAAUUCCCCAAAAAGUCCCUCUUACUUAACAGAAACAGCAAGCAGUUUUGUCUCUACAACAUUUUCACAAGGUAUUGAAUCAUCUAUUGAACCUUCCAGUAACACAUAUGAGUCUGUUGAAACAUUUGGUACCAUAUCUUCAACUGACUUAAAAUCCUCUUCUACAUCUUCUAAAGCAACGUUUGUCUCAUCCACUAAUUUACCAUCUGGACACCCUCUGACUACUGAAUCAGGUCUGACUGAUUUUUCAAUUGAAUUCACAACUGAAUCUACAUCUAAUGAUGCAGCAAGCAAUCCAAAAAGUAGUUCAUCAUCUACAGAAGCAUCAAGCAGCUUAAUAUCUAAAUAUCCAGAAAGUACAAAAUUAUCUAGUGAACCUAAAAGUGUCGAUUUGUCAACCCUCUCAUCUAGCCAAGCUGUACCUACUGAUAAUGAAUUUACCACAUUAUCAGCAGAACCUACUAGUAUAAAUUUAAAUACAGGUGAUCAAACUAUUUUAUCAUCAGCAUACUCAAGAAGUACAACAUCAUCUAGUCUAUCCUCAAGUACUAUUCCAUCAGGUCAACCAUCUACUGUGUUUUCAUCUGCAGAAUCUCUUAGUACAGCUUUAUUCACUGAAACAGAUAUUUCUACUUUGUCUGCAAAUCCAACUAAUUCUUACUCCGCUGCAGAAGAAGGAAGAAGCACGCAAACAUCUACCUAUUUCAAAAGUACUUUGUCUGUUACAAAUUCUGAGGGUACACCUACACCUAAUGAAUCUGAGAGCAGUGUUCUACCUACUUUUCAAGACAAAACUACUUUGACUAAUGAAGCUACUAGUUCUGAUGUGUCUACUGGAAUGAUUGAUAACCUGUCAACACGUUACACAAAUGCACCUUCUUCAACUUCUGAACCAAUAUUAAGUUCAACCCCUAAAAUACUACCUGGAACCUCUCCAUUAACUGAACAAAGCAUUAUAACUUUAUUGACUGAAUACACAAUUUCUCCUUCAUCAAAUGAAGCUGCAAAUUCCCCAAAAAGUCCCUCUUACUUAACAGAAACAGCAAGCAGUUUUGUCUCUACAACAUUUUCACAAGGUAUUGAAUCAUCUAUUGAACCUUCCAGUAACACAUAUGAGUCUGUUGAAACAUUUGGUACCAUAUCUUCAACUGACUUAAAAUCCUCUUCUUCAUCUUCUAAAGCAACGUUUGUCUCAUCCACUAAUUUACCAUCUGGACACCCUCUGACUACUGAAUCAGGUCUGACUGAUUUUUCAAUUGAAUUCACAACUGAAUCUACAUCUAAUGAUGCAGCAAGCAAUCCAAAAAGUAGUUCAUCAUCUACAGAAGCAUCAAGCAGCUUAAUAUCUAAAUAUCCAGAAAGUACAAAAUUAUCUAGUGAACCUACAAGUGUCGAUUUGUCAACCCUCUCAUCUAGCCAAGCUGUACCUACUGAUAAUGAAUUUACCACAUUAUCAGCAGAACCUACUAGUAUAUAUUUAAAUACAGGUGAUCAAACUAUUUUAUCAUCAGCAUACUCAAGAAGUACAACACCAUCUAGUCUAUCCUCAAGUACUAUUCCAUCCGGUCAACCAUCUACUGUGUUUUCAUCUGCAGAAUCUCUUAGUACAGCUUUAUUCACUGAAACAGAUAUUUCUACUUUGUCAGCAAAUCCAACUAAUUCUUACUCCGCUGCAGAAGAAGGAAGCAGCACGCAAACAUCUACCUAUUUCAAAAGUACUUUGUCCGUUACAAAUUCUGAGGGUACACCUACACCUAAUGAAUCUGAGAGCAGUGUUCCACCUACUUUUCAAGACAUAACUACUUUAUCUAAUGAAGCAACUAGUUCUGAUGUGUCUACUGGAAUGAUUGAUAAUGUGUCAACACGUUACACAAAUGCACCUUCUUCAACUUCUGAACCAAUAUUAAGUUCAACCCCUACAAUACCACCUGGAACCUCUCCAUUAACUGAACAAAGCAUUACAACUUUAUUGACUGAAUACACAAUUUCUCCUUCAUCAAAUGAAGCUGCAAAUACCCCAAAAAGUACCUCUUACUUAACAGAAACAGCAAGCAGUUUUGUCUCUACAACAUUUUCACAAGGUAUUGAAUCAUCUAUUGAACCUUCCAGUAACACAUAUGAGUCUGUUGAAACAUUUGGUACCAUAUCUUCAACUGACUUAAAAUCCUCUUCUUCAUCUUCUAAAGCAACGUUUGUCUCAUCCAUUAAUUUACCAUCUGGACACCCUCUGACUACUGAAUCAGGUCUGACUGAUUUUUUAAUUGAAUUCACAACUAAAUCUACAUCUAAUGAUGCAGCAAGCAAUCCAAAAAGUAGUUCAUCAUCUACAGAAGCAUCAAGCAGCUUAAUAUCUAAAUAUCCAGAAAGUACAAAAUUACCUAGUGAACCUACAAGUGUCGAUUUGUCAACCCUCUCAUCUAGCCAAGCUGUACCUACUGAUAAUGAAUUUACCACAUUAUCAGCAGAACCUACUAGUAUAAAUUUAAAUACAGGUGAUCAAACUAUUUUAUCAUCAGCAUACUCAAGAAGUACAACACCAUCUAGUCUAUCCUCAAGUACUAUUCCAUCCGGUCAACCAUCUACUGUGUUUUCAUCUGCAGAAUCUCUUAGUACAGCUUUAUUCACUGAAACAGAUAUUUCUACUUUGUCAGUAAAACCAACUAAUUCUUUCUCCGCUGCAGAAGAAGGAAGCAGCACGCAAACAUCUACCUAUUUCAAAAGUACUUUGUCCGUUACAAAUUCUGAGGGUACACCUACACCUAAUGAAUCUGAGAGCAGUGUUCCACCUACUUUUCAAGACAUAACUACUUUAUCUAAUGAAGCAACUAGUUCUGAUGUGUCUACUGGAAUGAUUGAUAACCUGUCAACACAUUACACAAAUGCACCUUCUUCAACUUCUGAACCAAUAUUAAGUUCAACCCCUACAAUACCACCUGGAACCUCUCCAUUAACUGAACAAAGCAUUACAACUUUAUUGACUGAAUACACAAUUUAUCCUUCAUCAAAUGAAGCUGCAAAUACCCCAAAAAGUACCUCUUACUUAACAGAAACAGCAAGCAGUUUUGUCUCUACAACAUUUUCACAAGGUAUUGAAUCAUCUAUUGAACCUUCCAGUAACACAUAUGAGUCUGUUGAAACAUUUGGUACCAUAUCUUCAACUGACUUAAAAUCCUCUUCUUCAUCUUCUAAAGCAACGUUUGUCUCAUCCACUAAUUUACCAUCUGGACACCCUCUGACUACUGAAUCAGGUCUGACUGAUUUUUCAAUUGAAUUCACAACUGAAUCUACAUCUAAUGAUGCAGCAAGCAAUCCAAAAAGUAGUUCAUCAUCUACAGAAGCAUCAAGCAGCUUAAUAUCUAAAUAUCCAGAAAGUACAAAAUUAUCUAGUGAACCUACAAGUGUCGAUUUGUCAACCCUCUCAUCUAGCCAAGCUGUACCUACUGAUAAUGAAUUUACCACAUUAUCAGCAGAACCUACUAGUAUAAAUUUAAAUACAGGUGAUCACACUAUUUUAUCAUCAGCAUACUCAAGAAGUACAACACCAUCUAGUCUAUCCUCAAGUACUAUUCCAUCCGGUCAACCAUCUACUGUGUUUUCAUCUGCAGAAUCUCUUAGUACAGCUUUAUUCACUGAAACAGAUAUUUCUACUUUGUCUGCAAAUCCAACUAAUUCUUACUCCGCUGCAGAAGAAGGAAGCAGCACGCAAACAUCUACCUAUUUCAAAAGUACUUUGUCUGUUACAAAUUCUGAGGGUACACCUACACCUAAUGAAUCUGAGAGCAGUGUUCUACCUACUUUUCAAGACAAAACUACUUUUACUAAUGAAGCUACUAGUUCUGAUGUGUCUACUGGAAUGAUUGAUAACCUGUCAACACGUUACACAAAUGCACCUUCUUCAACUUCUGAACCAAUAUUAAGUUCAACCCCUAAAAUACUACCUGGAACCUCUCCAUUAACUGAACAAAGCAUUAUAACUUUAUUGACUGAAUACACAAUUUCUCCUUCAUCAAAUGAAGCUGCAAAUUCCCCAAAAAGUACCUCUUACUUAACAGAAACAGCAAGCAGUUUUGUCUCUACAACAUUUUCACAAGGUAUUGAAUCAUCUAUUGAACCUUCCAGUAACACAUAUGAGUCUGUUGAAACAUUUGGUACCAUAUCUUCAACUGACUUAAAAUCCUCUUCUUCAUCUUCUAAAGCAACGUUUGUCUCAUCCACUAAUUUACCAUCUGGACACCCUCUGACUACUGAAUCAGGUCUGACUGAUUUUUCAAUUGAAUUCACAACUGAAUCUACAUCUAAUGAUGCAGCAAGCAAUCCAAAAAGUAGUUCAUCAUCUACAGAAGCAUCAAGCAGCUUAAUAUCUAAAUAUCCAGAAAGUACAAAAUUACCUAGUGAACCUACAAGUGUCGAUUUGUCAACCCUCUCAUCUAGCCAAGCUGUACCUACUGAUAAUGAAUUUACCACAUUAUCAGCAGAACCUACUAGUAUACAUUUAAAUAUAGGUGAUCAAACUAUUUUAUCAUCAGCAUACUCAAGAAGUACAACACCAUCAAGUCUAUCCUUAAGUACUAUUCCAUCCGGUCAACCAUCUACUGUGUUUUCAUCUGCAGAAUCUCUUAGUACAGCUUUAUUCACUGAAACAGAUAUUUCUACUUUGUCUGCAAAUCCAACUAAUUCUUACUCCGCUGUAGAAGAAGGAAUCAGCACGAAAACAUCUACCUAUUUCAAAAGUACUUUGUCCGUUACAAAUUCUGAGGGUACACCUACACCUAAUGAAUCUGAGAGCAGUGUUCCACCUAGUUUUCAAGACAUAACUACUUUAUCUAAUGAAGCAACUAGUUCUGAUGUGUCUACUGGAAUGAUUGAUAACCUGUCAACACGUUACACAAAUGCACCUUCUUCAGCUUCUGAACCAAUAUUAAGUUCAACCCCUACAAUACCACCUGGAACCUCUCCAUUAACUGAACAAAGCAUUACAACUUUAUUGACUGAAUACACAAUUUCUCCUUCAUCAAAUGAAGCUGCAAAUACCCCAAAAAGUACCUCUUACUUAACAGAAACAGCAAGCAGUUUUGUCUCUACAACAUUUUCACAAGGUAUUGAAUCAUCUAUUGAACCUUCCAGUAACACAUAUGAGUCUGUUGAAACAUUUGGUACCAUAUCUUCAACUGACUUAAAAUCCUCUUCUUCAUCUUCUAAAGCAACGUUUGUCUCAUCCAUUAAUUUACCAUCUGGACACCCUCUGACUACUGAAUCAGGUCUGACUGAUUUUUUAAUUGAAUUCACAACUAAAUCUACAUCUAAUGAUGCAGCAAGCAAUCCAAAAAGUAGUUCAUCAUCUACAGAAGCAUCAAGCAGCUUAAUAUCUAAAUAUCCAGAAAGUACAAAAUUACCUAGUGAACCUACAAGUGUCGAUUUGUCAACCCUCUCAUCUAGCCAAGCUGUACCUACUGAUAAUGAAUUUACCACAUUAUCAGCAGAACCUACUAGUAUAAAUUUAAAUACAGGUGAUCAAACUAUUUUAUCAUCAGCAUACUCAAGAAGUACAACACCAUCUAGUCUAUCCUCAAGUACUAUUCCAUCCGGUCAACCAUCUACUGUGUUUUCAUCUGCAGAAUCUCUUAGUACAGCUUUAUUCACUGAAACAGAUAUUUCUACUUUGUCAGUAAAACCAACUAAUUCUUUCUCCGCUGCAGAAGAAGGAAGCAGCACGCAAACAUCUACCUAUUUCAAAAGUACUUUGUCCGUUACAAAUUCUGAGGGUACACCUACACCUAAUGAAUCUGAGAGCAGUGUUCCACCUACUUUUCAAGACAUAACUACUUUAUCUAAUGAAGCAACUAGUUCUGAUGUGUCUACUGGAAUGAUUGAUAACCUGUCAACACAUUACACAAAUGCACCUUCUUCAACUUCUGAACCAAUAUUAAGUUCAACCCCUACAAUACCACCUGGAACCUCUCCAUUAACUGAACAAAGCAUUACAACUUUAUUGACUGAAUACACAAUUUCUCCUUCAUCAAAUGAAGCUGCAAAUACCCCAAAAAGUACCUCUUACUUAACAGAAACAGCAAGCAGUUUUGUCUCUACAACAUUUUCACAAGGUAUUGAAUCAUCUAUUGAACCUUCCAGUAACACAUAUGAGUCUGUUGAAACAUUUGGUACCAUAUCUUCAACUGACUUAAAAUCCUCUUCUUCAUCUUCUAAAGCAAUGUUUGUCUCAUCCACUAAUUUACCAUCUGGACACCCUCUGACUACUGAAUCAGGUCUGACUGAUUUUUCAAUUGAAUUCACAACUGAAUCUACAUCUAAUGAUGCAGCAAGCAAUCCAAAAAGUAGUUCAUCAUCUACAGAAGCAUCAAGCAGCUUAAUAUCUAAAUAUCCAGAAAGUACAAAAUUAUCUAGUGAACCUACAAGUGUCGAUUUGUCAACCCUCUCAUCUAGCCAAGCUGUACCUACUGAUAAUGAAUUUACCACAUUAUCAGCAGAACCUACUAGUAUAAAUUUAAAUACAGGUGAUCACACUAUUUUAUCAUCAGCAUACUCAAGAAGUACAACACCAUCUAGUCUAUCCUCAAGUACUAUUCCAUCCGGUCAACCAUCUACUGUGUUUUCAUCUGCAGAAUCUCUUAGUACAGCUUUAUUCACUGAAACAGAUAUUUCUACUUUGUCUGCAAAUCCAACUAAUUCUUACUCCGCUGCAGAAGAAGGAAGCAGCACGCAAACAUCUACCUAUUUCAAAAGUACUUUGUCUGUUACAAAUUCUGAGGGUACACCUACACCUAAUGAAUCUGAGAGCAGUGUUCUACCUACUUUUCAAGACAAAACUACUUUUACUAAUGAAGCUACUAGUUCUGAUGUGUCUACUGGAAUGAUUGAUAACCUGUCAACACGUUACACAAAUGCACCUUCUUCAACUUCUGAACCAAUAUUAAGUUCAACCCCUAAAAUACUACCUGGAACCUCUCCAUUAACUGAACAAAGCAUUAUAACUUUAUUGACUGAAUACACAAUUUCUCCUUCAUCAAAUGAAGCUGCAAAUUCCCCAAAAAGUACCUCUUACUUAACAGAAACAGCAAGCAGUUUUGUCUCUACAACAUUUUCACAAGGUAUUGAAUCAUCUAUUGAACCUUCCAGUAACACAUAUGAGUCUGUUGAAACAUUUGGUACCAUAUCUUCAACUGACUUAAAAUCCUCUUCUUCAUCUUCUAAAGCAACGUUUGUCUCAUCCACUAAUUUACCAUCUGGACACCCUCUGACUACUGAAUCAGGUCUGACUGAUUUUUCAAUUGAAUUCACAACUGAAUCUACAUCUAAUGAUGCAGCAAGCAAUCCAAAAAGUAGUUCAUCAUCUACAGAAGCAUCAAGCAGCUUAAUAUCUAAAUAUCCAGAAAGUACAAAAUUACCUAGUGAACCUACAAGUGUCGAUUUGUCAACCCUCUCAUCUAGCCAAGCUGUACCUACUGAUAAUGAAUUUACCACAUUAUCAGCAGAACCUACUAGUAUACAUUUAAAUAUAGGUGAUCAAACUAUUUUAUCAUCAGCAUACUCAAGAAGUACAACACCAUCAAGUCUAUCCUUAAGUACUAUUCCAUCCGGUCAACCAUCUACUGUGUUUUCAUCUGCAGAAUCUCUUAGUACAGCUUUAUUCACUGAAACAGAUAUUUCUACUUUGUCUGCAAAUCCAACUAAUUCUUACUCCGCUGUAGAAGAAGGAAUCAGCACGCAAACAUCUACCUAUUUCAAAAGUACUUUGUCCGUUACAAAUUCUGAGGGUACACCUACACCUAAUGAAUCUGAGAGCAGUGUUCCACCUAGUUUUCAAGACAUAACUACUUUAUCUAAUGAAGCAACUAGUUCUGAUGUGUCUACUGGAAUGAUUGAUAACCUGUCAACACGUUACACAAAUGCACCUUCUUCAGCUUCUGAACCAAUAUUAAGUUCAACCCCUACAAUACCACCUGGAACCUCUCCAUUAACUGAACAAAGCAUUACAACUUUAUUGACUGAAUACACAAUUUCUCCUUCAUCAAAUGAAGCUGCAAAUACCCCAAAAAGUACCUCUUACUUAACAGAAACAGCAAGCAGUUUUGUCUCUACAACAUUUUCACAAGGUAUUGAAUCAUCUAUUGAACCUUCCAGUAACACAUAUGAGUCUGUUGAAACAUUUGGUACCAUAUCUUCAACUGACUUAAAAUCCUCUUCUUCAUCUUCUAAAGCAACGUUUGUCUCAUCCACUAAUUUACCAUCUGGACACGCUCUGACUACUGAAUCAGGUCUGACUGAUUUUUCAAUUGAAUUCACAACUGAAUCUACAUCUAAUGAUGCAGCAAGCAAUCCAAAAAGUAGUUCAUCAUCUACAGAAGCAUCAAGCAGCUUAAUAUCUAAAUAUCCAGAAAGUACAAAAUUACCUAGUGAACCUACAAGUGUCGAUUUGUCAACCCUCUCAUCUAGCCAAGCUGUACCUACUGAUAAUGAAUUUACCACAUUAUCAGCAGAACCUACUAGUAUAAAUUUAAAUACAGGUGAUCAAACUAUUUUAUCAUCAGCAUACUCAAGAAGUACAAUACCAUCUAGUCUAUCCUCAAGUACUAUUCCAUCCGGUAAACCAUCUACUGUGUUUUCAUCUGCAGAAUCUCUUAGUACAGCUUUAUUCACUGAAACAGAUAUUUCUACUUUGUCAGUAAAACCAACUAAUUCUUUCUCCGCUGCAGAAGAAGGAAGCAGCACGCAAACAUCUACCUAUUUCAAAAGUACUUUGUCCGUUACAAAUUCUGAGGGUACACCUACACCUAUUGAAUCUGAGAGCAGUGUUCCACCUACUUUUCAAGACAUAACUACUUUAUCUAAUGAAGCAACUAGUUCUGAUGUGUCUACUGGAAUGAGUGAUAACCUGUCAACACGUUACACAAAUGCACCUUCUUCAACUUCUAAACCAAUAUUAAGUUCAACCCCUACAAUACCACCUGGAACCUCUCCAUUAACUGAACAAAGCAUUACAACUUUAUUGACUGAAUACACAAUUUCUCCUUCAUCAAAUGAAGCUGCAAAUACCCCAAAAAGUACCUCUUACUUAACAGAAACAGCAAGCAGUUUUGUCUCUACAACAUUUUCACAAGGUAUUGAAUCAUCUAUUGAACCUUCCAGUAACACAUAUGAGUCUGUUGAAACAUUUGGUACCAUAUCUUCAACUGACUUAAAAUCCUCUUCUUCAUAUUCUAAAGCAACGUUUGUCUCAUCCACUAAUUUACCAUCUGGACACCCUCUGACUACUGAAUCAGGUCUGACUGAUUUUUCAAUUGAAUUCACAACUGAAUCUACAUCUAAUGAUGCAGCAAGCAAUCCAAAAAUUACGUCAUCAUCUACUGAAGCAUCAAGCAACUUAAUAUCCAAAUAUCCAGAAAGUACAAAAUUACCCAGUGAACCUACAAUUGUCCAUUUGUCAACCCCCUCAUCUAGCCAAGCUGUACCUACUGAUAAUGGAUUUACCACAUUAUCAGCAGAACCUACUAGUAUAAAUUUAAAUACAGGUGAUCAAACUAUUUUAUCAUCAGCAUACUCAAGAAGUACAACACCAUCUAGUCUAUCCUCAAGUACUAUUCCAUCCGGUCAACCAUCUACUGUGUUUUCAUCUGCAGAAUCUCUUAGUACAGCUUUAUUCACUGAAACAGAUAUUUCUACUUUGUCUGCAAAUCCAACUAAUUCUUACUCCGCUGUAGAAGAAGGAAUCAGCACGCAAACAUCUACCUAUUUCAAAAGUACUUUGUCCGUUACAAAUUCUGAGGGUACACCUACACCUAAUGAAUCUGAGAGCAGUGUUCCACCUAGUUUUCAAGACAUAACUACUUUAUCUAAUGAAGCAACUAGUUCUGAUGUGUCUACUGGAAUGAUUGAUAACCUGUCAACACGUUACACAAAUGCACCUUCUUCAACCUCUGAACCAAUAUUAAGUUCAACCCCUACAAUACCACCUGGAACCUCUCCAUUAACUGAACAAAGCAUUACAACUUUAUUGACUGAAUACACAAUUUCUCCUUCAUCAAAUGAAGCUGCAAAUACCCCAAAAAGUACCUCUUACUUAACAGAAACAGCAAGCAGUUUUGUCUCUACAACAUUUUCACAAGGUAUUGAAUCAUCUAUUGAACCUUCCAGUAACACAUAUGAGUCUGUUGAAACAUUUGGUACCAUAUCUUCAACUGACUUAAAAUCCUCUUCUUCAUCUUCUAAAGCAACGUUUGUCUCAUCCACUAAUUUACCAUCUGGACACGCUCUGACUACUGAAUCAGGUCUGACUGAUUUUUCAAUUGAAUUCACAACUGAAUCUACAUCUAAUGAUGCAGCAAGCAAUCCAAAAAGUAGUUCAUCAUCUACAGAAGCAUCAAGCAGCUUAAUAUCUAAAUAUCCAGAAAGUACAAAAUUACCUAGUGAACCUACAAGUGUCGAUUUGUCAACCCUCUCAUCUAGCCAAGCUGUACCUACUGAUAAUGAAUUUACCACAUUAUCAGCAGAACCUACUAGUAUAAAUUUAAAUACAGGUGAUCAAACUAUUUUAUCAUCAGCAUACUCAAGAAGUACAACACCAUCUAGUCUAUCCUCAAGUACUAUUCCAUCCGGUAAACCAUCUACUGUGUUUUCAUCUGCAGAAUCUCUUAGUACAGCUUUAUUCACUGAAACAGAUAUUUCUACUUUGUCAGUAAAACCAACUAAUUCUUUCUCCGCUGCAGAAGAAGGAAGCAGCACGCAAACAUCUACCUAUUUCAAAAGUACUUUGUCCGUUACAAAUUCUGAGGGUACACCUACACCUAUUGAAUCUGAGAGCAGUGUUCCACCUACUUUUCAAGACAUAACUACUUUAUCUAAUGAAGCAACUAGUUCUGAUGUGUCUACUGGAAUGAGUGAUAACCUGUCAACACGUUACACAAAUGCACCUUCUUCAACUUCUAAACCAAUAUUAAGUUCAACCCCUACAAUACCACCUGGAACCUCUCCAUUAACUGAACAAAGCAUUACAACUUUAUUGACUGAAUACACAAUUUCUCCUUCAUCAAAUGAAGCUGCAAAUACCCCAAAAAGUACCUCUUACUUAACAGAAACAGCAAGCAGUUUUGUCUCUACAACAUUUUCACAAGCAACGUUUGUCUCAUCCACUAAUUUACCAUCUGGACACCCUCUGACUACUGAAUCAGGUCUGACUGAUUUUUCAAUUGAAUUCACAACUGAAUCUACAUCUAAUGAUGCAGCAAGCAAUCCAAAAAUUACGUCAUCAUCUACUGAAGCAUCAAGCAGCUUAAUAUCUAAAUAUCCAGAAAGUACAAAAUUACCCAGUGAACCUACAAUUGUCCAUUUGUCAACCCCCUCAUCUAGCCAAGCUGUACCUACUGAUAAUGGAUUUACCACAUUAUCAGCAGAACCUACUAGUAUAAAUUUAAAUACAGGUGAUCAAACUAUUUUAUCAUCAGCAUACUCAAGAAGUACAACACCAUCUAGUCUAUCCUCAAGUACUAUUCCAUCCGGUCAACCAUCUACUGUGUUUUCAUCUGCAGAAUCUCUUAGUACAGCUUUAUUCACUGAAACAGAUAUUUCUACUUUGUCAGUAAAACCAACUAAUUCUUUCUCCGCUGCAGAAGAAGGGAGCAGCACGAAAACAUCUACCUAUUUCAAAAGUACUUUGUCCGUUACAAAUUCUGAGGGUACACCUACACCUAAUGAAUCUGAGAGCAGUGUUCCACCUACUUUUCAAGACAUAACUACUUUAUCUAAUGAAGCAACUAGUUCUGAUGUGUCUACUGGAAUGAUUGAUAACCUGUCAACACAUUACACAAAUGCACCUUCUUCAACUUCUGAACCAAUAUUAAGUUCAACCCCUACAAUACCACCUGGAACCUCUCCAUUAACUGAACAAAGCAUUACAACUUUAUUGACUGAAUACACAAUUUCUCCUUCAUCAAAUGAAGCUGCAAAUACCCCAAAAAGUACCUCUUACUUAACAGAAACAGCAAGCAGUUUUGUCUCUACAACAUUUUCACAAGGUAUUGAAUCAUCUAUUGAACCUUCCAGUAACACAUAUGAGUCUGUUGAAACAUUUGGUACCAUAUCUUCAACUGACUUAAAAUCCUCUUCUUCAUCUUCUAAAGCAACGUUUGUCUCAUCCACUAAUUUACCAUCUGGACACGCUCUGACUACUGAAUCAGGUCUGACUGAUUUUUCAAUUGAAUUCACAACUGAAUCUACAUCUAAUGAUGCAGCAAGCAAUCUAAAAAGUAGUUCAUCAUCUACAGAAGCAUCAAGCAGCUUAAUAUCUAAAUAUCCAGAAAGUACAAAGUUACCUAGUGAACCUACAAGUGUCGAUUUGUCAACCCUCUCAUCUAGCCAAGCUGUACCUACUGAUAAUGAAUUUACCACAUUAUCAGCAGAACCUACUAGUAUAAAUUUAAAUACAGGUGAUCAAACUAUUUUAUCAUCAGCAUACUCAAGAAGUACAACACCAUCUAGUCUAUCCUCAAGUACUAUUCCAUCCGGUCAACCAUCUACUGCGUUUUCAUCUGCAGAAUCUCUUAGUACUGCUUUAUUCACUGAAACAGAUAUUUCUACUUUGUCAGCAAAUCCAACUAAUUCUUACUCCGCUGCAGAAGAAGGAAGCAGCACGCAAACAUCUACCUAUUUCAAAAGUACUUUGUCCGUUACAAAUUCUGAGGGUACACCUACACCUAAUGAAUCUGAGAGCAGUGUUCCACCUACUUUUCAAGUCAUAACUACUUUAUCUAAUGAAGCAACUAGUUUUGAUGUGUCUACUGGAAUGAUUGAUAAUGUGUCAACACGUUACACAAAUGCACCUUCUUCAACUUCUGAACCAAUAUUAAGUUCAACCCCUACAAUACCACCUGGAACCUCUCCAUUAACUGAACAAAGCAUUACAACUUUAUUGACUGAAUACACAAUUUCUCCUUCAUCAAAUGAAGCUGCAAAUACCCCAAAAAGUACCUCUUACUUAACAGAAACAGCAAGCAGUUUUGUCUCUACAACAUUUUCACAAGGUAUUGAAUCAUCUAUUGAACCUUCCAGUAACACAUAUGAGUCUGUUGAAACAUUUGGUACCAUAUCUUCAACUGACUUAAAAUCCUCUUCUUCAUCUUCUAAAGCAACGUUUGUCUCAUCCAUUAAUUUACCAUCUGGACACCCUCUGACUACUGAAUCAGGUCUGACUGAUUUUUCAAUUGAAUUCACAACUAAAUCUACAUCUAAUGAUGCAGCAAGCAAUCCAAAAAGUAGUUCAUCAUCUACAGAAGCAUCAAGCAGCUUAAUAUCUAAAUAUCCAGAAAGUACAAAAUUACCUAGUGAACCUACAAGUGUCGAUUUGUCAACCCUCUCAUCUAGCCAAGCUGUACCUACUGAUAAUGAAUUUACCACAUUAUCAGCAGAACCUACUAGUAUAAAUUUAAAUACAGGUGAUCAAACUAUUUUAUCAUCAGCAUACUCAAGAAGUACAACACCAUCUAGUCUAUCCUCAAGUACUAUUCCAUCCGGUCAACCAUCUACUGUGUUUUCAUCUGCAGAAACUCUUAGUACAGCUUUAUUCACUGAAACAGAUAUUUCUACUUUGUCAGUAAAACCAACUAAUUCUUUCUCCGCUGCAGAAGAAGGAAGCAGCACGCAAACAUCUACCUAUUUCAAAAGUACUUUGUCCGUUACAAAUUCUGAGGGUACACCUACACCUAAUGAAUCUGAGAGCAGUGUUCCACCUACUUUUCAAGACAUAACUACUUUAUCUAAUGAAGCAACUAGUUCUGAUGUGUCUACUGGAAUGAGUGAUAACCUGUCAACACGUUACACAAAUGCACCUUCUUCAACUUCUGAACCAAUAUUAAGUUCAACCCCUACAAUACCACCUGGAACCUCUCCAUUAACUGAACAAAGCAUUACAACUUUAUUGACUGAAUACACAAUUUCUCCUUCAUCAAAUGAAGCUGCAAAUACCCCAAAAAGUACCUCUUACUUAACAGAAACAGCAAGCAGUUUUGUCUCUACAACAUUUUCACAAGGUAUUGAAUCAUCUAUUGAACCUUCCAGUAACACAUAUGAGUCUGUUGAAACAUUUGGUACCAUAUCUUCAACUGACUUAAAAUCCUCUUCUUCAUCUUCUAAAGCAACGUUUGUCUCAUCCACUAAUUUACCAUCUGGACACCCUCUGACUACUGAAUCAGGUCUGACUGAUUUUUCAAUUGAAUUCACAACUGAAUCUACAUCUAAUGAUGCAGCAAGCAAUCCAAAAAGUAGUUCAUCAUCUACAGAAGCAUCAAGCAGCUUAAUAUCUAAAUAUCCAGAAAGUACAAAAUUAUCUAGUGAACCUACAAGUGUCGAUUUGUCAACCCUCUCAUCUAGCCAAGCUGUACCUACUGAUAAUGAAUUUACCACAUUAUCAGCAGAACCUACUAGUAUAAAUUUAAAUACAGGUGAUCAAACUAUUUUAUCAUCAGCAUACUCAAGAAGUACAACAUCAUCUAUUCUAUCCUCAAGUACUAUUCCAUCAGGUCAACCAUCUACUGUGUUUUCAUCUGCAGAAUCUCUUAGUACAGCUUUAUUCACUGAAACAGAUAUUUCUACUUUGUCUGCAAAUCCAACUAAUUCUUACUCCGCUGCAGAAGAAGGAAGCAGCACGCAAACAUCUACCUAUUUCAAAAGUACUAUGUCCGUUACAAAUUCUGAGGGUACACCUACACCUAAUGAAUCUGAGAGCAGUGUUCCACCUACUUUUCAAGACAUAACUACUUUAUCUAAUGAAGCAACUAGUUCUGAUGUGUCUACUGGAAUGAUUGAUAACCUGUCAACACGUUACACAAAUGCACCUUCUUCAACUUCUGAACCAAUAUUAAGUUCAACCCCUACAAUACCACCUGGAACCUCUCCAUUAACUGAACAAAGCAUUACAACUUUAUUGACUGAAUACACAAUUUCUCCUUCAUCAAAUGAAGCUGCAAAUACCCCAAAAAGUACCUCUUACUUAACAGAAAAAGCAAGCAGUUUUGUCUCUACAACAUUUUCACAAGGUAUUGAAUCAUCUAUUGAACCUUCCAGUAACACAUAUGAGUCUGUUGAAACAUUUGGUACCAUAUCUUCAACUGACUUAAAAUCCUCUUCUUCAUCUUCUAAAGCAACGUUUGUCUCAUCCACUAAUUUACCAUCUGGACACCCUCUGACUACUGAAUCAGGUCUGACUGAUUUUUCAAUUGAAUUCACAACUGAAUCUACAUCUAAUGGUGCAGCAAGCAAUCCAAAAAGUAGUUCAUCAUCUACAGAAGCAUCAAGCAGCUUAAUAUCUAAAUAUCCAGAAAGUACAAAAUUACCUAGUGAACCUACAAGUGUCCAUUUGUCAACCCCCUCAUCUAGCCAAGCUGUACCUACUGAUAAUAAAUUUACCACAUUAUCAGCAGAACCUACUAGUAUAUAUUUAAAUAUAGGUGAUCAAACUAUUUUAUCAUCAGCAUACUCAAGAAGUACAACACCAUCUAGUCUAUCCUCAAGUACUAUUCCAUCCGGUCAACCAUCUACUGUGUUUUCAUCUGCAGAAUCUCUUAGUACAGCUUUAUUCACUGAAACAGAUAUUUCUACUUUGUCUGCAAAUCCAACUAAUUCUUACUCCGCUGCAGAAGAAGGAAGCAGCAUGCAAACAUUUACCUAUUUCAAAAGUACUUUGUCCGUUACAAAUUCUGAGGGUACACCUACACCUAAUGAAUCUGAGAGCAGUGUUCCACCUACUUUUCAAGACAUAAUUACUUUGUCUAAUGAAGCAACUAGUUCUGAUGUGUCUACUGGAAUGAUUAAUAACCUGUCAACACGUUACACAAAUGCACCUUCUUCAACUUCUGAACCAAUAUUAAGUUCAACCCCUACAAUACAACCUGGAACCUCUCCAUUAACUGAACAAAGCAUUUCAACUUUAUUUACUGAAUACACAAUUUCUCCUUCAUCAAAUGAAGCUGCAAAUACCCCAAAAAGUACCUCUUACUUAACAGAAACAGCAAGCAGUUUUGUCUCUACAACAUUUUCACAAGGUAUUGACUCAUCUAUUGAAACUUCCAGUAACACAUAUGAGUCUGUUGAAACAUUUGGUACCAUAUCUUCAACUGACUUAAAAUCCUCUUCUUCAUCUUCUAAAGCAACGUUUGUCUCAUCCACUAAUUUACCAUCUGGACACCCUCUGACUACUGAAUCAGGUCUGACUGAUUUUUCAAUUGAAUUCACAACUGAAUCUACCUCUAAUGAUGCAGUAAGCAAUCCAAAAAGUACGUCAUCAUCUACUGAAGCAUCAAGCAGCUUAAUAUCUAAAUAUCCAGAAAGUACAAAAUUACCUAGUGAACCUACAAGUGUCUAUUUGUCAACCCCCUCAUCUAGCCAAGCUGUACCUACUGAUAAUGGAUUUACCACAUUAUUAGCAGAACCUACUAGUAUAAAUUUAAAUACAGGUGAUCAAACUAUUUUAUCAUCAGCAUACUCAAGAAGUACAACACCAUCUAGUCUAUCCUCAAGUACUAUGCCAUCCAGUCAACCAUCUACUGAGUUUUCAUCUACAAAAUCUCUUAGUACAGCUUUAUUCACUGAAACAGAUAUUUCUACUUUGUCAGCAAAUCCAACUAAUUCUUACUCCGCUGCAGAAGAAGGAAGCAGCACGCAAACAUCUACCUAUUUCAAAAGUACUUUGUCCGUUACAAAUUCUGAGGGUACACCUACACCUAAUGAAUCUGAGAGCAGUGUUCCACCUACUUUUCAAGACAUAACUACUUUAUCUAAUGAAGCAACUAGUUCUGAUGUGAAAACUGGAAUGAUUGAUAACCUGUCAACACGUUACACAAAUGCACCUUCUUCAACUUCUGAACCAAUAUUAAGUUCAACCCCUACAAUACCACCUGGAACCUCUCCAUUAACUGAACAGAGCAUUACAACUUUAUUGACUGAAUACACAAUUUAUCCUUCAUCAAAUGAAGCUGCAAAUACCCCAAAAAGUACCUCUUACUUAACAGAAACAGCAAGCAGUUUUGUCUCUACAACAUUUUCACAAGGUAUUGAAUCAUCUAUUGAACCUUCCAGUAACACAUAUGAGUCUGUUAAAACAUUUGGUACCAUAUCUUCAACUGACUUAAAAUCCUCUUCUUCAUCUUCUAAAGCAACGUUUGUCUCAUCCACUAAUUUACCAUCUGGACACCCUCUGACUACUGAAUCAGGUCUGACUGAUUUUUCAAUUGAAUUCACAACUGAAUCUACAUCUAAUGAUGCAGCAAGCAAUCCAAAAAGUAGUUCAUCAUCUACAGAAGCAUCAAGCAGCUUAAUAUCUAAAUAUCCAGAAAGUACAAAAUUGCCUAGUGAACCUACAAGUGUCGAUUUGUCAACCCUCUCAUCUAGCCAAGCUGUACCUACUGAUAAUGAAUUUACCACAUUAUCAGCAGAACCUACUAGUAUAAAUUUAAAUACAGGUGAUCAAACUAUUUUAUCAUCAGCAUACUCAAGAAGUACAACAUCAUCUAGUCUAUCCUCAAGUACUAUUCCAUCCGGUCAACCAUCUACUGUGUUUUCAUCUGCAGAAUCUAUUAGUACAGCUUUAUUCACUGAAACAGAUAUUUCUACUUUGUCUGCAAAUCCAACUAAUUCUUACUCUGCUGCAGAAGAAGGAAGCAGCACGCAAACAUCUACCUAUUUCAAAAAUACUUUGUCCUUUACAAAUUCUGAGGGUACACCUACACCUAAUGAAUCUGACAGCAGUGUUCCACCUACUUUUCAAGACAUAACUACUUUAUCUAAUGAAGCAACUAGUUCUGAUGUGUCUACUGGAAUGAUCGAUAACCUGUCAACACGUUACACAAAUGCACCUUCUUCAACUGCUGAAUCAAAAUUAAGUUCAACCCCUACAAUACCACCUGGAACCUCUCCAUUAACUGAACAAAGCAUUAUAACUUUAUUGACUGAAUACACAAUUUCUCCUUCAUCAAAUGAAGCUGCAAAUACCCCAAAAAGUACCUCUUACUUAAAAGAAACAGCAAGCAGUUUUGUCUCUACAACAUUUUCACAAGGUAUUGAAUCAUCUAUUGAACCGUCCAGUAACACAUAUGAGUCUGUUGAAACAUUUGGUACCAUAUCUUCAACUGACUUAAAAUCCCCUUCUUCGUCUUCUAAAGCAACGUUUGCCUCAUCCACUAAUUUACCAUCUGGACACCCUCUGACUACUGAACCAGGUGUGACUGCAUUUCCAAUUGAAUUCACAACUGAAUCUACAUCUAAUGAUGGAGCAAGCAAUCCAAAAAGUAGUUCAUCAUCUACAGAAGCAUCAAGCAGCUUAAUAUCUAAAUAUCUAGAAAGUACAAAAUUACCUAGUGAACCUACAAGUGUCCAUUUGUCAACCCCCUCAUCUAGCCAAGCUGUACCUACUGAUAAUGGAUUUACCACAUUAUUAGCAGAACCUACUAGUAUAAAUUUAAAUACAGGUGAUCAAACUAUUUUAUCAUCAGCAUACUCAAGUACAACACCAUCUAGUCUAUCCUCAAGUACUAUGCCAUCCGGUCAAACAUCUACUGUGUUUUCAUCUGCAGAAUCUCUUAGUACAGCUUUAUUCACUGAAACAGAUAUUUCUACUUUGUCUGCAAAUCCAACUAAUUCUUACUUCGCUGCAGAAGAAGGAAGCAGCACGCAAACAUCUACCUAUUUCAAAAGUACUUUGUCCGUUACAAAUUCUGAGGGUACACCUACACAUAAUGAAUCUGAGAGCAGUGUUCCACCUACUUUUCAAGACAAAACUACUUUGUCUAAUGAAGCAACUAGUUCUGAUGUGUCUACUGGAAUGAUUAAUAACCUGUCAACACGUUACACAAAUGCACCUUCUUCAACUUCUGAACCAAUAUUAAGUUCAACCCCUACAAUACAACCUGGAACCUCUCCAUUAACUGAACAAAGCAUUACAACUUUAUUGACUGAAUACACAAUUUCUCCUUCAUCAAAUGAAGCUGCAAAUACCCCAAAAAGUACCUCUUACUUAACAGAAAUAGCAAGCAGUUUUGUCUCUACAACAUUUUCACAAGGUAUUGACUCAUCUAUUGAACCUUCCAGUAACACAUAUGAGUCUGUUGAAACAUUUGGUACCAUAUCUUCAACUGACUUAAAAUCCUCUUCUUCAUCUUCUAAAGCAACGUUUGUCUCAUCCACUAAUUUACCAUCUGGACACCCUCUGACUACUGAAUCAGGUCUGACUGAUUUUUCAAUUGAAUUCACAACUGAAUCUACAUCUAAUGAUGCAGUAAGCAAUCCAAAAAGUACGUCAUCAUCUACUGAAGCAUCAAGCAGCUUAAUAUCUAAAUAUCCAGAAAGUACAAAAUUACCUAGUGAACCUACAAGUGUCCAUUUGUCAACCCCCUCAUCUAGCCAAGCUGUACCUACAGAUAAUGGAUUUACCACAUUAUCAGCAGAACCUACUAGUAUAAAUUUAAAUACAGGUGAUCAAACUAUUUUAUCAUCAGCAUACUCAAGAAGUACAACACCAUCUAGUCUAUCCUCAAGUACUAUGCCAUCCAGUCAACCAUCUACUGAGUUUUCAUCUACAGAAUCUCUUAGUACAGCUUUAUUCACUGAAACAGAUAUUUCUACUUUGUCAUCAAAUCCUACUAAUUCUUACUCCGCUGCAGAAGAAGGAAGCAGCACGCAAACAUCUACCUAUUUCAAAAGUACUUUGUCCGUUACAAAUUCUGAGGGUACACCUACACCUAAUGAAUCUGAGAGCAGUGUUCCACCUACUUUUCAAGACAUAACUACUUUAUCUAAUGAAGCAACUAGUUCUGAUGUGUCUACUGGAAUGAUUGAUAACCUGUCAACACGUUACACAAAUGCACCUUCUUCAACUUCUGAACCAAUAUUAAGUUCAACCCCUACAAUACCACCUGGAACCUCUCCAUUAACUGAACAAAGCAGUACAACUUUAUUGACUGAAUACACAAUUUCUCCUUCAUCAAAUGAAGCUGCAAAUACCCAAAAAAGUACCUCUUACUUAACAGAAACAGCAAGCAGUUUUGUCUCUACAACAUUUUCACAAGGUAUUGAAUCAUCUAUUGAACCUUCCAGUAACACAUAUGAGUCUGUUGAAACAUUUGGUACCAUAUCUUCAACUGACUUAAAAUCCUCUUCUUCAUCUUCUAAAGCAACGUUUGUCUCAUCCACUAAUUUACCAUCUGGACACCCUCUGACUACUGAAUCAGGUCUGACUGAUUUUUCAAUUGAAUUCACAACUGAAUCUACAUCUAAUGAUGCAGCAAGCAAUCCAAAAAGUAGUUCAUCAUCUACAGAAGCAUCAAGCAGCUUAAUAUCUAAAUAUCCAGAAAGUACAAAAUUACCUAGUGAACCUACAAGUGUCGAUUUGUCAACCCUCUCAUCUAGCCAAGCUGUACCUACUGAUAAUGAAUUUACCACAUUAUCAGCAGAACCUACUAGUAUAAAUUUAAAUACAGGUGAUCAAACUAUUUUAUCAUCAGCAUACUCAAGAAGUACAACACCAUCUAGUCUAUCCUCAAGUACUAUUCCAUCCGGUCAACCAUCUACUGUGUUUUCAUCUGCAGAAUCUCUUAGUACAGCUUUAUUCACUGAAACAGAUAUUUCUACUUUGUCUGCAAAUCCAACUAAUUCUUACUCCGCUGCAGAAGAAGGAAGCAGCACGCAAACAUCUACCUAUUUCAAAAGUACUUUGUCUGUUACAAAUUCUGAGGGUACACCUACACCUAAUGAAUCUGAGAGCAGUGUUCCACCUACUUUUCAAGACAUAACUACUUUAUCUAAUGAAGCAACUAGUUCUGAUGUGUCUACUGGAAUGAUUGAUAACCUGUCAACACGUUACACAAAUGCACCUUCUUCAACUUCUGAACCAAUAUUAAGUUCAACCUCUACAAUACCACCUGGAACCUCUCCAUUAACUGAACAAAGCAUUACAACUUUAUUGACUGAAUACACAAUUUCUCCUUCAUCAAAUGAAGCUGCAAAUACCCCAAAAAGUACCUCUUACUUAACAGAAACAGCAAGCAGUUUUGUCUCUACAACAUUUUCACAAGGUAUUGACUCAUCUAUUGAACCUUCCAGUAACACAUAUGAGUCUGUUGAAACAUUUGGUACCAUAUCUUCAACUGACUUAAAAUUCUCUUCUUCAUCUUCUAAAGCAACGUUUGUCUCAUCCACUAAUUUACCAUCUGGACACCCUCUGACUACUGAAUCAGGUCUGACUGAUUUUUCAAUUGAAUUCACAACUGAAUCUACAUCUAAUGAUGCAGUAAGCAAUCCAAAAAGUACGUCAUCAUCUACUGAAGCAUCAAGCAGCUUAAUAUCUAAAUAUCCAGAAAGUACAAAAUUACCUAGUGAACCUACAAGUGUCCAUUUGUCAACCCCCUCAUCUAGCCAAGAUGUACCUACUGAUAAUGGAUUUACCACAUUAUUAGCAGAACCUACUAGUAUAAAUUUAAAUACAGGUGAUCAAACUAUUUUAUCAUCAGCAUACUCAAGUACAACACCAUCUAGUCUAUCCUCAAGUACUAUGCCAUCCGGUCAAACAUCUACUGUGUUUUCGUUUGCAGAAUCUCUUAGUACAGCUUUAUUCACUCAAACAGAUAUUUCUACUUUGUCUGCAAAUCCAACUAAUUCUUACUCCGCUGCAGAAGAUGGAAGCAGCAUGCAAACAUCUACCUAUUUCAAAAGUACUUUGUCCGUUACAAAUUCUGAGGGUACACCUACACAUAAUGAAUCUGAGAGCAGUGUUCCACCUACUUUUCAAGACAAAACUACUUUAUCUAAUGAAGCAACUAGUUCUGAUGUGUCUACUGGAAUGAUUAAUAACCUGUCAACACGUUACACAAAUGCACCUUCUUCAACUUCUGAACCAAUAUUAAGUUCAACCCCUACAAUACAACCUGGAACCUCUCCAUUAACUGAACAAAGCAUUACAACUUUAUUGACUGAAUACACAAUUUCUCCUUCAUCAAAUGAAGCUGCAAAUACCCCAAAAAGUACCUCUUACUUAACAGAAACAGCAAGCAGUUUUGUCUCUACAACAUUUUCACAAGGUAUUGACUCAUCUAUUGAACCUUCCAGUAACACAUAUGAGUCUGUUGAAACAUUUGGUACCAUAUCUUCAACUGACUUAAAAUCCUCUUCUUCAUCUUCUAAAGCAACAUUUGUCUCAUCCACUAAUUUACCAUCUGGACACCCUCUGACUACUGAAUCAGGUCUGACUGAUUUUUCAAUUGAAUUCACAACUGAAUCUACAUCUAAUGAUGCAGUAAGCAAUCCAAAAAGUACGUCAUCAUCUACUGAAGCAUCAAGCAGCUUAAUAUCUAAAUAUCCAGAAAGUACAAAAUUACCUAGUGAACCUACAAGUGUCCAUUUGUCAACCCCCUCAUCUAGCCAAGCUGUACCUACUGAUAAUGGAUUUACCACAUUAUCAGCAGAACCUACUAGUAUAAAUUUAAAUACAGGUGAUCAAACUAUUUUAUCAUCAGCAUACUCAAGAAGUACAACACCAUCUAGUCUAUCCUCAAGUACUAUGCCAUCCAGUCAACCAUCUACUGAGUUUUCAUCUACAGAAUCUCUUAGUACAGCUUUAUUCACUGAAACAGAUAUUUCUACUUUGUCAUCAAAUCCUACUUAUUCUUACUCCGCUGCAGAAGAAGGAAGCAGCACGCAAACAUCUACCUAUUUCAAAAGUACUUUGUCCGUUACAAAUUCUGAGGGUACACCUACACCUAAUGAAUCUGAGAGCAGUGUUCCACCUACUUUUCAAGACAUAACUUCUUUAUCUAAUGAAGCAACUAGUUCUGAUGUGUCUACUGGAAUGAUUGAUAACCUGUCAACACGUUACACAAAUGCACCUUCUUCAACUUCUGAACCAAUAUUAAGUUCAACCCCUACAAUACCACCUGGAACCUCUCCAUUAACUGAACAAAGCAUUACAACUUUAUUGACUGAAUACACAAUUUCUCCUUCAUCAAAUGAAGCUGCAAAUACCCCAAAAAGUACCUCUUACUUAACAGAAACAGCAAGCAAUUUUGUCUCUACAACAUUUUCACAAGGUAUUGAAUCAUCUAUUGAACCUUCCAGUAACACAUAUGAGUCUGUUGAAACAUUUGGUACCAUAUCUUCAACUGACUUAAAAUCCCCUUCUUCGUCUGCUAAAGCAACAUUUGCCUCAUCCACUAAUUUACCAUCUGGACACCCUCUGACUAAGGAACCAGGUGUGACUGCAUUUCCAAUUGAAUUCACAACUGAAUCUACAUCUAAUGAUGCAGCAAGCAAUCCAAAAAGUAGUUCAUCAUCUACAGAAGCAUCAAGCAGCUUAAUAUCUAAAUAUCCAGAAAGUACAAAAUUACCUAGUGAACCUACAAGUGUCCAUUUGUCAACCCCCUUAUCUAGCCAAGCUGUACCUACUGAUAAUGGAUUUACCACAUUAUCAGCAGAACCUACUAGUAUAAAUUUAAAUACAGGUGAUCAAACUAUUUUAUCAUCAGCAUACUCAAGAAGUACAACACCAUCUAGUCUAUCCUCAAGUACUAUGCCAUCCGGUCAACCAUCUACUGUGUUUUCAUCUGCAGAAUCUCUUAGUACAGCUUCAUUCACUGAAACAGAUAUUUCUACUUUGUCUGCAAAUCCAACUAAUUCUUACUCCGCUGCAGAAGAAGGAAGCAGCACGCAAACAUCUACCUAUUUCAAAAGUACUUUGUCCGUUACAAAUUCUGAGGGUACACCUACACCUAAUGAAUCUGAGAGCAGUGUUCCACCUACUUUUCAAUACAAAACUACUUUGUCUAAUGAAGCAACUAGUUCUGAUGUGUCUACUGGAAUGAUUGAUAACCUGUCAACACGUUACACAAAUGCACCUUCUUCAACUUCUGAACCAAUAUUAAGUUCAACCCCUACAAUACAACCUGGAACCUCUCCAUUAACUGAACAAAGCAUUACAACUUUAUUGACUGAAUACACAAUUUCUCCUUCAUCAAAUGAAGCUGCAAAUACCCCAAAAAGUACCUCUUACUUAACAGAAACAGCAAGCAGUUUUGUCUCUACAACAUUUUCACAAGGUAUUGAAUCAUCUAUUGAACCUUCCAGUAACACAUAUGAGUCUUUUGAAACAUUUGGUACCAUAUCUUCAACUGACUUAAAAUCCUCUUCUUUAUCUUCUAAAGCAACGUUUGUCUCAUCCAAUAAUUUACCAUCUAGACACCCUCUGACUACUGAAUCAGGUCUGACUGAUUUUUCAAUUGAAUUCACAACUGAAUCUACAUCUAAUGAUGCAGCAAGCAAUCCAAAAAGUAGUUCAUCAUCUAUAGAAGCAUCAAGCAGCUUAAUAUCUAAAUAUCCAGAAAGUACAAAAUUACCUAGUGAACCUACAAGUGUCGAUUUCUCAACCCUCUCAUCUAGCCAAGCUGUACCUACUGAUAAUGAAUUUACCACAUUAUCAUCAGCUGAACCUACUAGUAUAAAUUUAAAUACAGGUGAUCAAACUAUUUUAUCAUCAGCAUACUCAAGAAGUACAACACCAUCUAGUCUAUCCUCAAGUACUAUUCCAUCCGGUCAACCAUCUACUGUGUUUUCAUCUGCAGAAUCUCUUAGUACAGCUUUAUUUACUGAAACAGAUAUUUCUACUUUGUCAGCAAAUCCAACUAAUUCUUACUCCGCUGCAGAAGAAGGAAGCAGUAUGCAAACAUCUACCUAUUUCAAAAGUACUUUGUCCAUAACAAAUUCUGAGGGUACACCUACACCUAAUGAAUCUGAGAGCAGUGUUCCACCUACUUUUCAAGACAUAACUACUUUGUCUAAUCAAGCAACUAGUUCUGAUGUGUCUACUGGAAUUAUCGAUAACCGGUCAACACGUUACACAAAUGCACCUUCUUCAACUGCUGAACCAAUAUUAGGUUCAACCCCUAUAAUACCACCUGGAACUUCUCCAUUAAUUGAACAAGGCAAUGCAACUUUAUUGACUGAAUACACAAUUUCUCCUUCAUCAAAUGAAGCUGCAAAUACCCCAAAAAGUACCUCUUACUUAACAGAAACAGCAAGCAGUUUUGUCUCUACAACAUUUUCACAAGGUAUUGCAUCAUCUAUUGAACCUUCCACUAGUACAUAUGAGUCUGUUGAAACAUUUGGUACCAUAUCUUCAACUGAAUUAAAAUCCUCUUCUUCGUCUUCUAAAGCAACGUUUGUCUCAUCUACCAAUUUACCAUCUGGACACCCUCUGACUACUGAACCAGGUUUGACUGCAUUUCCAAUUGAAUUCACAACUGAAUCUACAUCUAAUGAUGCAGCAAGCAAUCCAAAAAGUACUUCAUCAUCUACUGAAGCAUCAAGCAGCUUAAUAUCUAAAUAUCCAGAAAGUACCAAAUUACCUACUGAAUCUACAAGUGUCAAUUUGUCAACCCCCUUAUUUAGCCAAGCUGUACCUACUGAUAAUGAAUUUACCACAUUAUCAGCAGAACCUACUAGUAUAAAUUUAAAUACAGGUGAUCAAACUAUUUUAUCAUCAGCAUACUCAAGAAGUACAACACCAUCUAGUCUUUCGUCAAGUACUAUGCCAUCCAGUCAACCAUCUACUGUGUUUUCAUCUGCAGAAUCUCUUAGUACAGCUUUGUUUACUGAAACCGAUAUUUCUACUUUGUCAGCAAAUCCAACUAAUUCUAACUCUGCUACAAACGAAGGAAGCAGUAGCACCUUAUCAUCAGAACCCACUAGUUUUCAAACAAAUACAGAUGAUAAAACUAAUUCCUUGUCAACAUUUUCAAGAAGUUCAGAACCAUCUACUGCAGCUUUUCGAACCAUUUCAUUUCCUGAACCAGCAAAUAAACCAUCUGAAAAACUUCCUCCUUUUGCCACAAAUAACUCUACAACUGUCCACAGUGAAAACUCUACAACCUUUACAAAUACCACAAUAAUGCCAACAUCUUGGAAAACUACACCUGUUGCUCAUUCUACUUUAUCACCGAAUAUGGUUACAACUGCAAUCAGAACAACUCCAGAUGUUAAUGAAUGCUCAGAGGGCUCUGGAAUAUGUGAUCCCAAUGCUGUAUGCACUAACACUGCAGGUUCUUACACGUGCACUUGCAAUGAAGGUUAUAAAGGAAAUGGAGUCACAUGUUCCUAUACUGAUCUUUGCAUCAGCAACCCAUGCCGAAAUGGAGCCACAUGCCGUGGUUUGAUCAAUUCUUUCAAUUGUUUAUGCAAUGUUGGAUUUACUGGAAGAUUUUGUGAAAUUGACAUUGAUGAUUGUGUUUCUGCUCCGUGUGAAAAUGGAGGAAUAUGCAUGGAUAAAGUCAAUGGAUUCACAUGUUAUUGUCGUAAUGGCUGGCAAGGGAGAAAUUGUACUGAAGAUGUAAAUGAAUGCUUUCUGGGCACCAGCAACUGUGAUCCUCAUGCAGAGUGCUCCAAUACUUUGGGCUCAUACAAAUGCAUCUGCAAAGAAGGUUAUAAGGGAGAUGGCUUUACCUGUAAAGGUAUGUAUAUAGAAAAGAGGAAAUAA